AUGCCAGCUUGUUACCGUGCCGGUACCCUGAGUCGAUGUUUGCUGCGUGUUCUCUACACUUUGUUCAUGGCAAGCCUUUUCAAUCUUCGCGCGACCUGCUACGGAAACCAGUACAGUGUGACGACCACGAGGCACGUGAUUCUCCUCUCCUGGUGCCAGACAUCGGCCUCGGCCGCAUUUCCCGUCUCCAACUUUGCUUCCCCACACAGCCCCAAGACGGCCAUGGCGGCCACCGAUAUGCCAGCCAUCUUCCGACUUCCGGAAGAGCUUCUUAUGCUUGUCGCUUCACAUCUUUCUGAUUCUGGCACGCCUCAGCACCUCAAGAAUUUCUCUCUGGUCUCACGCAAGUUCCGACCCGCAGCUCAAGAAACACUUCACACUUUUGCGAAUCUCUCGGUGUCAUGUGGUUGUCACCCCAAGGUCAACGCCGCGUUGAGGCUAUUACGCACUCUUUUCAACCGUCCUGAUCUAGCCUGCAAGGUGCGCCUGUUGCGAUUCAGGACAGCACGCAAAGACAUCUCCCAGCUCUACAAGAGUCAAGAUUUUGAGUUGGCAUCAUUGCGCGACCGUUCCUUGUUAAGAUUACAAGAAUUGGGCUACGGAAAGAGUCACCCAUGGUGGCGCUCGAUUGAAAAUACGAUCGAAUCUGCUUUUGGAGGACUGUUGCUCCUACAGCUCCCAAAUCUCGUCCGUUUGGACUUUUGUGUCAAGGAUCACCAUCGAGGGCCAACUUCAAGCGAGUGCGUUACCGGUUUAUUCGGUAGCACGUGUCCGCCAGCCUCAUUGGCAUAUGGAUGGAGAGGCAUCAAACAUCUAACACUGGGCGACACGCAAAUGCUCAAAUGCGGUCUUGAGCUUCCCAGCCUCACUAGCUUAGAUUUGAAAACAGUUUCGAUAGGCACCGUCCUCCGCUUAAAUGGUCCUGGCUGCCUGCAGGGCACUGAACGACUGCGCAAGCUUGCGAUGACCUGUUCCAUCCAGUUCGCGGACCGUCCUCUAUCCCUACAUGUAGAGAAGGCCGACAUUCAACUCAGCAAUAUGUUCGAUGCACUUGGCUGUCAGCAAUUAACCGAGCUCACAAUCCUGCUGAUCAAUGACGGAUACCACCUGGAUGAUGAGCUUGGUACGCAAUUAGAGACCGGUUAUUUUAUGGACCAAUUGUGCAGCGUCGAGCAGACUUUAGAAAGCCUGAGUAUCACUUUUGAGCCGUGGGAUGAUGAAGGCGAGCUAGAGUGGGUGCUGGAGAUGUGCAUCGAGCCUAAAGAGUCGCUGAAACACUUCACUGCAUUAAAGCGAUUGACGAUACCCCAAGAAUUUCUAUUCGUCUCCUCUUCUUUGCACCUUGGUCAAUUGCCUGCUCCUCCAGGCAAGUCAUGCAAACCGAGGGGUCUCCCGGAAAAACUAGAAUACCUGGAAAUAACACACCCUUAUGAAGAAGUUUUGGAAUGGGCGACCGGAUUUCUAGACUUCUCGACCAAUAUCAGCCGCGAACUCCCUUCCUUUUCGAAGAUGGUACUUUCAUGCAGACUCGACGUUGGAAUGUCCUCCGAUUUCUUUACCACAUACGUGGAAAAGGUUUGGUGGAGAUUGUGGGUUGAAUGUGGAAUUGACACUUUCGUCGGUGAGAUAGGAGGGAUCAGCUCGAGCCUUGCCGCGCUUUAUGAUGGAAGCAUAUCCGAAAGGUACGAUACUGAAGGAGACAUCUGGACCGACGAAAACAGCGAUGACGAGGACGAGGAAGACGAAGAAAUGCCGGAUUUGAUCGACCCCAUGGAUUGA